AUGAAGUACGUCGACACAUCCGUCCUACCCGGACUACUCUUCACCAUCCCCGUUAUCAAAAAUGCCACCGACGUUCCAGACUUGGUGGCGUGGGAGCACUCCGUCCAGCCGUUUCUAGACUGGUUGCUGCUCAUCCUGGGCCACCUCAUGAACGACGUGCACAGUCUACAGGAUCUCAAGUUUCUAUAUCUGAGCAUCAAUCCCUUCGUGUCGGGCCUGGGGAUGGCAUUGUUGCCCGCUCCGAUCUUCUUUCUUCGGUCGGAGCUCACGGGGAAUUACAGCGUGGUGGAUCGCCUGUGGAGUAUACUCCCGGUGCUUUUCAACGCGCACUUCGCGCUAUGGUCGUAUUGGAACGCGCUGAAUCCUGGGCGGAACACGGCACUGUUCCUGUGCUCGGUGAUCUGGGGCAUCCGCCUGACCUACAACUUCUGGCGCAAGGGCGGCUAUAAACCCGGCGAAGAAGACUACCGAUGGGCAGUCCUGCGCGCCAAAAUCCCCCGCUGGGUCUUCUCCUUCUUCAACCUGACCUUCAUCUCGACGUUCCAGGUCCUCGUCCUCUACAUGAUCACCGCGCCCGCCUACGUCAUUCUGCUGACGUCCACAUCCGUACGCGGAGAGCCGUUCGGGAUCGUCGACGCAGGCUUCUGUGCGCUGUUGCUCGGCAUCGUCGCGUUCGAAUAUAUCGCCGAUCAGCAACAAUGGGACUACCACCGCGCGAGGCAAGUGUACAAAAAACGCUCGCGGCCUGCUCUAGACAGCGCAUAUUCCCCCGCUGAUCUCGACCGCGGAUUCCUCACCAAAGGUCUCUGGGCAUUCAGCCGGCACCCCAACUUCCUCGCCGAGCAAAGCUUCUGGGUCGUCGUUUACCUCUGGUCGUGCGUCGUGUCGCGCACUACCUACAACUGGUCCGGCGCCGGCGUCGUGGCGCUGCUGGCGAUUUUCCAGGGCAGCACCACGCUGACGGAGGCCAUCUCGUCGGAGAAGUAUCCGGAGUACCAGCACUAUCGGACGCAGGUGGGGCGGUUCUUCCCGUCGGUUUGGUCGGUCGUGCGGAGUGGGUACGACGCGCCGGCGGUGCUAAGAGAUGGAAAGAAGUAUAAAUGA